AUGGUAUUAUCCGGGCUAGUGUGGGUUUUGCUGACAGUAACGGCAGUUGCCAUGAACGAUGGAGCAGUCCAAAGCUCUCUGGCGGAGGGCAAAAUGAGGCUCACGGUACCAAUGACUUCUGGAAUGGACGAAACAAUCGGCGAUGCUCUUGAAACUGAAGAGAACUCAAUAUCUCCAUACAUCAACAGGAAUCUGUACGUGAACACUAGUAUGGACAUACGUACACACAAAAUAUUGCUAUGGAAUCCUCCUGGUUGGUUAAAAAACUGGUGGGGAGACACGGACAUGAAUCAAUGUUCGUACAGGAACUGCAAAAUUGUUUAUGACAGAAGGGAUAUCGCAGACAGCAGUGCGGUUGUUUUCUCAAUCGCCGAUGGCGACAUGAGCGCCGCCCCGCCAGUUUCGCCGAACAAACGGAAUCCCGACCAAGCGUGGAUAUUUUUCACCCUUGAAAGUCCCGUGCACGUGGUCCGCAAGGAAUUCCGGUCCCACAAUUGGCACAACGCCUUCAACUGGUCGUGGACAUACAGGACGGACGCGGACAUAUUUCACCCUUACGGUAUACUAAAAACUCGGACAAAACUACUUUCAAAAAAUUAUACGGAAAUAUUUAGAAAGAAGUCAAAGAUGACUGCGUGGGCUGUAAGCCAUUGUAAAACUUUCAGUGAGCGCGAAAACUUUCUUCGGCUUCUUGUCAAACAAGGCAUCCCUAUAGACGUAUAUGGCAAAUGUGGCACGGAGAGGGCAGACGAUCUUAAUGUUGUUCUUGAUAAGGAUUAUAAAUUCUAUUUUGGUUUUGAGAACUCAUUUUGUCCAGAUUACGUCACAGAAAAGUUUUUCCAGUAUUAUAAACGCGAUCUGAUAACUGUGGUUAGGGGUGCGUCAAACUAUGGAAAGUAUUUGCCACAAGGCUCAUAUAUAAACACUGCGGACUUUAAAUCAGUAAAGGAAUUGGCAGUUUUCAUGAAACGGUUAUCUUUAAAUGAAGAAGAGUAUAUAUCAUACUUGAAGAAGAAAGACAGAUACGAAGUGUUUGAGCGAGAAUAUACAUACCGAGAUGCCGUAUGCAAUAUAUGUCAUAAAUUGAAUAACUUGGACAAAUAUCGAAAAUCAUAUGGAAAUAUCGAGGAGUGGCUUGGAAAAUGUUUUGCUGUGAACGACCUUAGAUGAAGUGCUUGUAACUGAACAAUGUUGGGAACCUAUUUACAGCAUGUUAUCUUCCCUUAAACUGCCAUAGAAGGGACGACCACUUUUAAUUCUGGUUGAUUCUGUUGAGACUUCCAUGUGUCUGAACUCGACGCAUGUUUUAUAUUUCGACCAACUUAUUAGACUAAACUUGACGACAAUCACCAUGUAUCUAAUCAAGUUUCUUGCGUAUGUGAACACGUUUGGCCAAAAAAAACUAUUACGCUGGAUACAUUAUAUCGUUUGGACGUCAAGGCAAUAGCCUUAGGUUCUUGGUCAGGAUCGACAACACAAGCAAACCUCCAAUUCCGUAGUGACAUAUCGUUCAAUUACUGGACCAGCUGCAAUAUUAAGC